AUGGAGGCCGUCUCCAGCAGCAGCAGCACAAGCGCGGCGCUGUACCGCCUGCUCCCCUUCAGCCCCUCCACGACGCCACUGCAAGCCACGACCUAUCUCCUUGGCAUAUCACUCUUUAGCAUUUCCUUUCUCGUCUUUCUCAACUCGACCGUCUCGUUUGUCAUCACGGACAGGCUGGGGAUCAAGUCUGGUGUCGGCGACAUCGUAGGCACCCUGGGCUUCGUCGACGAGAUCGUCGCCCUGAUCGCCUGCCCGGCAUGGGGUCUGCUCAGCGACAGGCUGGGAGUCCGGUGGGUGGCUGUCCUGGGAUAUGCCAUCAUCGGGCUUGCGCUCUUCUGCUUCGUGCAGGCGCGCGACGUGGGUGGGCUGGUGGUCGUGAGGAUAUUGUUUGCCAUCGGCGCAACGGCGGCCGCGACCAUGGUCACGGCAGUGCUGCCCGUCCUGACUGACGACAAUGCCGGCGCGCAGGAAAUCAGGACGGGCCGGAGGACCAACGCGCGACACAGUCUGGCAAUGAGCACCGAGAGCGACGUCACGAUCACGCAGGAGCGAUUUGCCCGGAGUCUAUCGAACAUAAGGGAAGAGGACGACGGCAUUGGCGGCGGCAAGGGCAAAAAGCCGGCGGCGCUGGCUGGGUACGUGGGACUGUUCACAGGAUGCGGUGCGCUGGUGGCACUCACCCUCUUCCUGCCGCUACCGGCAAAGUUUGGCGAGAAAGAGGGCGUCACUCCUGCGGAGGCGGUCGAGUACAGCUACUAUGUAGUCGGCGCUAUCGCAUUCGCCGUGGCAGUGUUUGUAUCAUAUGGCUUCCGCAAGCUCAGGGGUGAAGAGGAAAAGGGUUGGAGGAUGCUCUUCGGCCUGAGGAGGCAGUCGACCCACGAUGACGACGAGCAGGACAUCGUGGGUUAUCCUGAUCGGUCCACCACGGCGGCGUUGGAAGGCACCAAGUACUACCCGGCCUCGAAAGGCCCGCUUCCAUACCGCGCCCUCCUUCUGUCCUCCCUUCGUCUAGGAGUUACGGAUCCGCAUAUCGCGCUGGGCUACCUCGGAGGCUUCGUGGCGCGCGCCAGCACUGUCGCCAUCAGCCUUUUCAUACCACUUUACAUCAACACAUAUUUCAUGAACCACGGCUUCUGUCAGGGUUCGCCGCACGAUCCGACGCCGGAGCUCAAGAAGGAAUGCCGCGCGGCAUACGUGUUGACUGCGAUCCUCACGGGUGUUGCUCAGCUCGUUGCUCUCCUUUGCGCUCCGCUAUUUGGAUAUCUGAGCAGUCGUCGGACCAGUCUGAAACUCGGAGGCGGGCGCUGGAGGGUAGGCGUCAAUGUGCCGGUCCUGGUAGGCGCUUUGUGUGGAGUGGUCGGCUACGUCAUAUUCCCGAGAAUGCAGAGCCCCGAGUUCAAGAACAUCGACGAGCGCGGCGGCAGCCCUUGGAUCUUCCUCGUCGUCUCGCUGCUGGGAAUCAGCCAGAUCGCCGCGAUCGUCUGCUCUCUCGGUUCUCUGGGACGAGGAGUGCUAAGCGCCGACCUGCCGGCAACCAUUGCGCGCGAAACAGAAGAUACAGCGGAAAGCUCGGCAGCCCGUCAGGUGAAUCCCGAAACACAGGCUCUUCUGGAGAAUGGCGCCAGCUCUGAGAAUGAUCGCCAGCACAUGCUGGUCGUGUCACGUGUCCAGCUCAAGGGCUCGAUCGCGGGUGUGUACUCGUGGUGCGGUGGCGCGGCGAUCCUGCUGCUGACCAAGCUUGGCGGCUAUCUCUUUGACGUAAGCUCGAGGGGCGCGCCAUUCUACAUGAUGGCUGCGUUCAAUGUCGUGCUGUUCGUGGUCAGUCUAGGGGUCGACGUUGGGCGGAGUUUUCGUAACACAGAGCACGAGAGACGAGUGAGGUUGUAA